AUGUUAGAUUUUGGAAAAGUGCGUGUUCAGUGCGGUGAACGUCGAGUGUACAGUGUGGAGAUAGCGUAUGAUGUGAUGAUGCGACGGGGGAAAGCGUUGCUGGAGGGCAGCAGGCAAGGGUCCAUAGACGGCGGCGGUGUGGCGAACGACAAGGAGCUGGUGCACAAGUGUCACAGCGACCCCGGCGGGGGCAGGGCGCUGGGGUCCGCCCCCAGGGUGCACAGGCACAGGUCCGCCUCGGGUGCGCCCAGGAAAUGCGUCCUCACUUUAGAUGGAUACUCAUAUGUCAUAGGUAAAGUAGUAAAGAUAGUAUCCUCUUUGCUCAUAGAAAAUAUUAAAAUUUACUUCGUACAAAGUGCCGCAGACAUCACUCAACGUCGAACAAAAGAAAAUAUGAAAACCAAAACAAAUUGUGAUUUCUCAGCAGAGUACCAACAGAUACGUGUGAUUGUGUGA